CCUGGAGGGGGGUCUGCGCGCGGCCGGCUGGCUCUGCCCCCCGUCCGGUCCCGAGCGGGCCUCCCUCGGGCCAGCCCGAUGUGACCGGGCCCAGCGGAGCCUGAGCAAGGAGCGGGUCCGUCGCGGAGCCGGAGGGCGGGAGGAACAUGACAUCGCGGAGAUGGUUUCAUCCCAACAUCACUGGCGUGGAGGCAGAAAACCUGCUGUUGACAAGAGGAGUUGAUGGCAGUUUUUUGGCCAGGCCCAGUAAAAGUAACCCUGGAGACUUCACACUUUCCGUUAGAAGAAAUGGAGCUGUCACCCACAUCAAGAUUCAGAACACUGGGGAUUACUAUGACUUGUAUGGAGGGGAGAAGUUUGCCACUUUGGCUGAGCUGGUCCAGUAUUACAUGGAACAUCAUGGGCAAUUAAAAGAGAAGAAUGGAGAUGUUAUUGAGCUCAAAUAUCCUCUGAACUGUGCAGAUCCUACCUCUGAAAGGUGGUUUCAUGGACACCUCUCUGGGAAAGAAGCAGAGAAAUUAUUAACUGAGAAAGGAAAACACGGCAGCUUCCUUGUGCGAGAGAGCCAAAGCCACCCUGGAGAUUUUGUUCUCUCUGUCCGAACUGGUGAUGACAAAGGAGAGAGCAAUGACGGCAAGUCUAAAGUGACCCAUGUCAUGAUCCGCUGUCAGGAAUUGAAAUAUGAUGUUGGUGGAGGAGAACGGUUUGAUUCUUUGACAGAUCUUGUGGAGCAUUACAAGAAGAAUCCCAUGGUAGAAACACUGGGCACAGUAUUACAACUCAAGCAGCCCCUCAACACGACUCGUAUCAACGCUGCGGAAAUAGAAAGCCGAGUUCGAGAACUGAGCAAAUUGGCUGAGACCACAGAUAAAGUCAAACAAGGCUUUUGGGAAGAAUUUGAGACACUACAACAACAGGAGUGCAAACUUCUCUACAGUCGAAAAGAGGGUCAGAGGCAAGAAAAUAAAAACAAAAAUAGAUAUAAAAACAUCCUGCCCUUUGAUCAUACCAGGGUUGUCCUACACGAUGGUGAUCCCAAUGAGCCUGUUUCAGAUUACAUCAAUGCAAAUAUUAUCAUGCCUGAAUUUGAAACCAAGUGCAACAAUUCAAAGCCCAAAAAGAGUUAUAUUGCCACACAAGGCUGUCUGCAGAAUACGGUGAAUGACUUUUGGCGGAUGGUGUUUCAAGAGAAUUCCAGAGUGAUUGUCAUGACUACGAAGGAAGUGGAGAGAGGAAAGAGUAAAUGUGUCAAAUACUGGCCUGACGAGUAUGCUCUAAAAGAAUACGGGGUCAUGCGUGUUAGGAACGUCAAAGAGAGUGCUGCUCAUGACUACACGUUAAGAGAACUUAAACUUUCAAAGGUUGGACAAGGGAAUACGGAGAGAACGGUCUGGCAAUACCACUUUCGGACCUGGCCAGACCACGGAGUGCCCAGUGACCCCGGGGGUGUGCUGGACUUCCUGGAGGAGGUCCACCAUAAGCAGGAGAACAUCAUGGAUGCUGGGCCUGUGGUGGUUCACUGCAGUGCUGGAAUUGGCCGGACAGGGACGUUCAUUGUGAUUGAUAUCCUUAUUGACAUCAUCAGAGAGAAAGGCGUCGACUGUGACAUCGACGUUCCCAAAACCAUUCAGAUGGUGCGGUCUCAGAGGUCAGGGAUGGUGCAGACAGAAGCUCAGUACCGGUUCAUCUAUAUGGCCGUCCAGCAUUAUAUCGAGACACUACAGCGCAGGAUUGAAGAAGAGCAGAAAAGCAAGAGGAAAGGGCACGAAUAUACAAAUAUUAAGUAUUCCCUAACGGACCAGACAAGUGGAGAUCAGAGUCCUCUCCCGCCUUGUACCCCAACGCCAUCCUGUGCAGAAAUGAGAGAAGAUAAUGCUAGAGUCUAUGAAAACGUCGGGCUGAUGCAGCAGCAGAAAAGUUUCAGAUGAGAAGACCCACCAAGACUUCAGCACAGAAAUAGAUGUGGACUUUCACCCUCUCCCUAAAAAGAUCAAGAACAGAUGCAAGAAAGUUUAUGUGAAGAAUGAAUUUGAAUUUGGAAUUUGGAAGGCUUGCGUUGCUGUUGACUACCUUUUGAUAAGCAAAAUUUCAAAGCAUUUAAAGACCACUGUAUUCUAACUCAACAAUACCUGAUUUCCAGUUGCUCAUUUCCUCAGAUAAGAAGAAAUCAUCUCUACAAUGUAGACAAUGUUAUAUUUUAUAGAAUUUUAUUUUAUAGUGAGGAAGCAGUUACAUUGUGCUCUAUAUUUUGCAGAUGGUGGUGAUUCAAAUUCCUGUUAUUGGCAUUUUUUUUCUUUCUAUAACCUUAAUAGAUUUAAUUUUUUUCCUCUUUGUGGAGGAUGAUGGGGCACUUGUAAGAGGAAAAAUGAUUGGGGAAAAUUCAGUAACAACAUCCUGUAGAAAUGAGGACAAUUUCAUUUAUCAUCAUCCAUCCCGUAGUGGAUAAUGCAUUUUGAUGGCCUCUUUUUAUGGCUAAAUAAUAGUUAAGCCAAUGCCCCAGACUGUCAGAAGUUGACUGUCUACCUGUGCAUUGCCAUUAAAAACCCAUGGGGAAAAUAUCGUGGGAACUUAGGAUAGAAAGCAUGUCUUAUUAGCACAUGACCAAUUACUGUUGAGCCUGUUGACUGAGAAGGUGGUGGGAAAACGUUUGCCGUAUUUUCUUUUCAUUUGAGUAAUUGUCUUGUAUUUAGAAAAAAAUGCAUCUAUGGAUAACGAGUGUUUUGGUUAUCAGUUUUUACUGACAAACCACCCCAAAACUUAGUGGCUUAGAGCAACAGCUUUUUUUCCCUCACUGUUCUUCAGUCUGGCCUGGGCUCAGCUGAGCUGCUCCUCUGCUCGUCUUGCUGGUGUCACUCAUGGGGUCGGUGGGCUGGCUGAGACCCUGGGGUGGCUGGGCCUCUCUGUCUGCAUGUAGUCCUCCAGUCUCUCCUUCUCCGUGUUAUCUUUCCAAUGGCCUCGCCAGCAGGGUGGCUGGACCACUUACAUGGCAGCUCAGAGCUCCGAAGGGUAUAAAGCAAUAGUGGCCAGGCCUUCUUAAGAUUUAAACCCAGAACUGCCACAGCAUUGCUCCUACUCCCCUCUGUUGAUUAAAGCAAGUCACAGGCCCAGCCCAGGUUCAGGAAGAGGGCGCUACAUGAGGGCAUGAAGUGGACGUGUGGUUCAUGGGGGCCCCCAGUGUAACAGACUGUCAGAACCAGUGCCGGGGAAAACACCUACAGUUAGCAAAAGUAGAAGCUGCUAGUGACCUUGAGAAGCUGCUGCUGAUAGCUGGUGUAAGCUGGAAGUCAGGCUGAGAAACAGGACCUUCAGGAGGCUUCCUGCACCGGUUCUGCCGGCUCUGAGCCUGUUUUCUGAACCGUCAUAUGGGAAAACUGGUCUCGUAAGGAUGGAUGUGUUUAUGGGGCGGAGCAUCUGCAAGCAGGACCACCCCAUCACCGUGGCACCCACAGAGGGAGGUGAACGUAAUGCUUCCUUUGUGCUCCUGGUUUCGGCCAGGCCUCACACGCUGCCAGUCAGGCUGCAGGAGAGGGAGCAGGCCUCAUGAGGCCACUCAGCAGAUGGGUUAGCAGCAGCUCGUUUUGGUUUUAAUCGAGCAGUAAGAUUUGCUAACUUUCUACCUGAAGUGCCUUUUCCAAAGACAUCCCUCUUUGCCCCGUGUUGAUCAUCAUGCAGUGAGUGUGUUUCAAUUAAACUAUCACUGGUUGACUUUGUAAAGAUAAUAAAAUGCUAUGGCAGCUCUGCCAUUAAGUCCUGGUCUCCUUCCUGGGAUUCUUCUUGCUUUUGCUCCUGAAAGGAAGAACGAGAUCAGCCCUGGUGGGAGUUUCUUCCCGAGGUCUUUACCUCCUUUCAAACCCUGAGGUAAUUUCAUAGGCAAAUGUACAUUGAUCCCCACCCCCCAUAUCCAUUGAACUUAGAGUUGCUUCAGAACACAGGUGUGGCCUGAAGGUAACUACCUUAUUAGAGGAAUGUAAAGACUACUGUCUUCUUGUCAAGCCUGUAAAGAAAGAGAUUCCAGUUCAGUAUUUGCAACAAGGCUCGUGAAUCCUGUUCUUCUCUAUUUCAUCGUCAUGUUGAAUGGUCUCCGUUUUGCCUUGAUUUCAUGGUAAUGUUUUGACCCUGGACGUUGGGGGCAAAGUCUUUCACCAGCACGCGAGGGUCUGAUUGUACAGGUGUACCUGCUGCGUCAUUGUCUCUGCCUGUAGCUUAAGAUCAGCUGUUUCUGCACCUGGAACGGGAGCACCUGAUCUAGGCUGGCUUUGUUUGUUACAGGAUGUUGGUUUCCUUUAGAUUUCCCUCCAAGAAGUCUGCAAACCAUCUUGUUAGGUCAGCUUAUGCCAAGACAGGGUUGUAAUAGUCCCCAGGUUGCUAAGGUUUGUGGUGUGUUUGGUAAAGGGCGAUUGCAGGUUCUCAGAUGAGGUUACUCUACACGGGAUGGAGUCAGGCAGAGGGGCUGUGAAGAUGUGGGGAGCUCGAGGUGCCGGUUUAAAAAAUGGUGGAAAUGGAAGUUCCAAAGAGGUGGUUUCUGAGGAAGUCAAAGGGCCCAGGGCCAGAGCAGUCAGUAAUAGUUGAAUCAGGUUACCUAGAAAAUAGGUCUGGUAGAGACAUGUAUGCAGUCUGCUUCUGGGUUGCUGGUAGACAUUAAAUUUGCACAAUAUCCCAUAGCUGGCUGAGUAUUUUAAAAUUAUAAGCAUAGGAUUUUAUAUUUGGGGUGAAGAACUUGUCUGGCACGUGGUAUUGGGGUUUUAUAAAAAAGCCAAAUUUCAGAGUCUUAAUAGCUUUUUUUAAAAAAAUAAAAAGACACCUCAUAUCCAGUGUGUGGCCCUCCUGAAAAUUAUGGUCAUCUCUCCCAUUGAAAUCAAUGACUUUUCAAAUGUGGCUAAAUGAGGAUGAGAAAAUACAUGUACGACUUUCUUAGUGUUUGUGCAUUCUUUACAGAGCACAAUUGCUUUGGAAGAGCCAAGAAAAUCAUCAAGAUUAUUUUUAGGGGUUAUCUUACUGGGGAUUUUAAGAACUAAUAUAACGUCCUGGGUUAUUUCUAGUUCUGGGGAAUGUGGAAAAGUCUGCAAUUGUGAAGUGUUUUGUUGUAGCUUAUUAAUCCAUAAGGGAAACUUAGGCUGUAGACAGAAGUACAAACCCAGUACAGUUUUUGUUUUCUGUAUGUUGUAGGGGGAAUAAAGUUUUAUAUAGCAAGCACAUGGCCUCCCUGAUUUCAAGAUGCCUUUAUUAGGACUUGUACUCGCCCUUAAUUUUGUUGAAAUCUUUUUCCCUCUUCCUCUUGAAAAAUAAGUUCCAAAAUAUAGUUUGUCGUAUCUUCUUCCAUCAUUACAAAGUUUGUUCUUUUUCACGAUGGGCAGUUCACACAAGGCAAAAAUAGUAAACAGUUGGUUUUCGUGUGUUGUAUAACUUUGCUGUGUAUCAAACUAAUUUUUACAAGUUUUCAUCCUAAACCUCAAAUCAUGUAAUUAAUAAUUUGCCUGUUUAUUUAUGACCUAAUUGUGAUUCUUUUAUUAAUAAAAGCUAAUGGAAAAGGAUCCUUUAUUAAGCUGAUGACUAGACCUACAUUUAAUUUCCUGCAGUAUAUGAAGUAUUGUACCAGAGUAUUAAAAGAUAUGUAAUAUUUUAUUGAUAAAUCUAUCCUUUAAAAGGAAUACGUUUUAGGAUGUCAUCAUUUUGAUGUGAAUCAUGUAAAUGUUGAUAAUAUACACUGUUUAUUAUACAUUUAGUGUUUCAAGAGAUUCACUUAAUUGCCUUUUUGCCCACGUAUAUUAUGUAGUCUAUUUGCAAUUGUUUUAAAAAAAUGACAUUAAAAGGGUAGUUUAUGUAGAGAAACAUUAGUGGAUGUUAAUUGUCUCCCCACCUGUAUUUAUGGGUGUUAAUUCAACUGCUUUGCUAGUUGCAAAGCCGUAUUAUCAGAGUAAAAGUGUAUUUGUAAACUGUAUGGGAACUAAAAAUUAGGAAUAAAACCAUUUUCUUAUAUUA